CUUUUUUUUCGAACCGGACUUCUUGGGGACUCGCGCCCCAGGAAGUCCCGUCCCCGCCUGGGUGCGGUUUGUACGUUUGAGUCCUUGUGACUCAAGACUUGUGGUCUUGACACUUGCGGUUUUGGCCUGCACAUGCUUGACAAGGGACAAGAAGCCUGGGUCCUCAAGAAGGAGGAAGGCAAGGCGGACAAAAAGCCUUACACAGCCCUAAGGACGAUUCAAAGCUCAUCGCCGACGGCGAUCGAUGCUCACGAUGUCUGCAGAUACAAAAAAAAGCUCUUCAGCGGCAUUCCGACCGCCACGGCCACCACGGCCACCACCACGAGCACGACCAGGAAGCGCAAGUCCUCCGCCAAGGCAUCUGAGCUGGCGCCCGAAUCUUCUUUCAGUUUCGACACCACAAACCUUUCGUCGGCUUCACCGUUUCUCGCCUGGCUUAUCUCCUGCCCUCGGUUGCUCUACAGGAGGAUUGCCGCUCUAGCACAGCCAUCUGGACUAAUAUCCGAGACCCUGUUGCGUUUCUCCAAUACGAUCCCACCACGGAGCUCCCUGCUGGGCAAGACAAUCUCGGAGCACCUGGCAGCUCUGCCGUGUGGAUUCUCUGUCACAGACUGGUGCGAGGAAGCAUAUGAGUUUCAAUGCUGGUCGCAGUAAGGGCGAGGUUGGUUGGGCUUGGGGAUUCAUGAUGUCACUUAGUUGUAGACGAGGUAGCCACCGUACUUCUUGAGCGUAGCUGAGCUCUCCACUCUAUAUUG